CCCGCCCCGGGUCCUUCCGGACCGUUAGUACACUCCUCCGCUGUCUCCUCGGCUCCCCCAGCUGAUCCCGGACGGGAACGCGGACUGCCCCCACAGCCUCACACUCUGAUCCAGUUGCAGCCACCUCGUCCCGCCCCCGCAGCCAGAAUCGAAGUUCUAGAGUCCAAGGACUUUGCCAGCUAGACGGCGCCGGGACUGCAAGAGUGCGGAUUUGCCCCCUUUGCCUGUGAGUCAUGGCAGCUCCCAUGAAGGGCCAAGUGUGCGUAGUGACAGGUGCUUCCAGAGGUAUUGGCCGCGGCAUCGCCUUGCAACUCUGCCAGGCAGGUGCCACGGUUUACAUCACUGGCCGCCAUAUGGACACGCUGCGGGCCACUUCUGCGGAGGCACAAUCUCGAGGGGGCCAGUGUGUGCCUGUGGUAUGCGAUUCAAGCCAGGAGAGUGAAGUGCAAAGCCUGUUUGAGCAAGUGGAUCGGGAACAGCAGGGGCGUCUGGAUGUGCUGGUCAACAACGCCUAUGCCGGGGUCACGGCAAUUAUGAAGAACACUAAGAAGGCAUUCUGGGAAAGUCCUGCCUCCAUCUGGGAUGAUAUCAACAAUGUUGGACUCAGAGGUCACUACCUGUGCUCAGUGUAUGGAGCACGGCUCAUGGUGCCAGCCGGCCGGGGACUCAUCGUGGUCAUCUCCUCAGUUGGGGGGCUGCAGUAUCUCUUCAAUGUCCCCUAUGGUGUUGGCAAAGCUGCGUGCGACAGGCUGGCUGCUGACUGUGCCCAGGAGCUGCGGUGCCACGGUGUCAGCUAUGUGUCUCUGUGGCCAGGGUUGGUGCAGACAGAACUACUGAAGGAGGCUGUGGUGAAAAACAACAAUGCUGAUGAUCCCCUGCUGAAGCAGCUCAAAUCUCGCUUCACCUCUGCAGAGACCACAGAAAUGAGUGGCAAAUGUGUGGUGGCUUUGGCAACAGACCCAAAUAUCCUGAGCCUGAGUGGGAAGGUGCUGCCAUCUUGUGACCUUGCUCGACGCUAUGGCCUUCAGGAUGUGGACGGCCGCCCUGUCCAAGACUAUUUGUCUUUGAGCUCAGUUCUCUCUCAUGUCUCCAGCAUGGGCUGGCUGGCCUCCUACGUGCCUGGCUUCCUCCGUGUGCCCAAGUGGAUUAUGACCCUCUAUGCUAGCAAAUUCUAACCCUCCUGGCCUUACAUCACAACUGUUCUCCCUUGGGCUAGGUGGUGGGGCCUGACUCCGUGAAACAAGACAGCCUCUCCUGCCUACAUUAUACCCUUGAUAUGAAGAGAAGGCCUCCAGUAUAUGUCCUGGGUGAGCCCUAGGGGCCCUUCGAUCCUUCCUGAUGCCUUAAUUUUACUUGCCCCUAUAUUUUACUUUUUACCUUAGUAUUGACACACACUUCGCAGACUAAUAAAAGUCCCAUUUCUUUUUGAACGAA